ACAACAUUUUACUCUUUCCAGAUAUCUAUGGCUUCAUCGGCAGCUUGGCUCUUCUUCCUCUGUUCUCUUCUCCUUUUCUCGCUUUCAUCUUUCUCCAGUGCGGCCACUUCGCGACCUCAUGCCCUCCUCCUCCCGGUCACCAAAGACGCCGCCACCCUCGAAUACCUGACUCGCGUCCGCCAGCGUACCCCCUCUGUCGACGUCACCCUCGUCGUCGACCUCGGUGGCCGCUUUCUCUGGGUAGACUGCGACUCCGGAUUUGUCUCCUCCACUCGCCGUCACAUCCCCUGCGACUCCCCUCAGUGCGCCAUAUCCAACUCCGGCAUGUGCGGCGACAACGUCUGCGGCCUCCUCCCCGGUAACCCUUUCAUCGAGACUAGCACCGGCGGAUCCCUCGAAUCCGACGUCCUCUCCGUUCUUUCCACCGACGGGUAUACCUCCGGCCCCCUCGUCACCGCCUCCAGCUUCCUCUUCACCUGCGCUCCCACAUUCCUGCUUAGGGGACUUGCGAAGGGCGCUAAGGGCAUGGCCGGCCUCGGCCGGAACAAGGUCGGCGUGCCUUCUCUGCUCUCCUCUGCCUUCCACCUCCCCCGGAAGUUCGCUAUCUGCCUCCCUUCGUACGCUGGGACGGGCGCCAUCUUCUUCGGAGAUGGACCCUACAAAUUCUUAGGCACCUACAACCCCGAUGUAGCGCAGUAUCUAGCCUACACGCCGCUCUUCGUCAAUCCGGUGAGCACCGCCGGCGCCUCCUUCGGAAAUGAGAAGUCGGCUGAGUACUUCAUUGGCGUCAGGGCGAUCCGCGUCGGCGAGAAGGCCGUGCCGGUGGACGCGAAGCUGCUCGCCAUCGGCAAGGACGGUGUGGGCGGGACAAAGAUCAGCACGGUGACGCCCUACACGACCCUGCAUACGUCGAUCUACAAGGCGGUGGUGGGAGCCUUCGCGUCGGCGCUGGCGGGGGUUCCGCAGGUGCCGCCGUUGGCGCCGUUCGGGCUCUGCUUCGAGGCAGCGAAGCUGGGGAGCACUAGGGUGGGCCCGGCGGUUCCCGCGGUGAACCUGGUACUGCAGGGCGAGGGAGUGAACUGGACGAUGUGGGGGGCGAACACGAUGGUGGCGGCGGGCGCCGGCGGGAAGGCGCUGUGCCUGGGAUUCGUGGACGGCGGAACGAAGCCAACGACGUCGAUCGUCAUUGGGGGGUAUCAAUUAGAGGACAACCUGCUGCAAUUCGAUCUGCGGAGAUCGAGGUUGGGUUUCAGCUCCUCGCUCUUGUUCUAUCAGACCACUUGCUCCAACUUCAACUUCACCUCCACCUCCAGGCUGCUCUGAGUCUCUGACUUCCACAAAUUGGCACUUAAUAUUCUCCGUAAAAUAAAUGAGGUUAAUUAGGAGUGCUUUCGAUCGUAACUAAGGUUGGUAGUGUCGGAGAUUUGAAGUUAUAUGUAGUGAAUGGUUUUGUGUUGAUGUUUAUUUGAAGGCUUUGAGAUGAAUCACGAAUUCAAAUCAAUGUCAAGCUUAAUUUUAGUCGCAAACAAGCAAAACUACAUUUCUCAAA